AUGACAUCCUCAGAGUCAGAUGGCGUUGAUGAAGCCUUUGAAGAUAUGUUUGACGAAGAAUUUGAUAAUAUCAUCGACUCCCUAGUAGAUGUUCAAACCAACAAGCCCAAAAAAAGAGCUUAUAUUGAAAGAGAUCGGGAACAAGGACACAUUCAUCUAUGGAACGACUAUUUCCACGAAAAUCCCACUUACCCGUCGGUGAUGUUUAGGCGGCGUUUUCGAAUGAACAAACCCUUGUUCCUCCGCAUUGUUGAUCGCCUUACUACUGAAGUUCCAUACUUUCAGCAAAGAAGAAAUGCUCACGGCAGGUACGGCCUAUCUCCACUUCAAAAAUGUACUGCAGCUAUAUGCAUGCUCGCAUAUGGUCAAUCAGGAGAUACGUAUGACGAAUAUCUUCGACUUGGUGAAAGUACUGCACUUUUAUGUUUAGAACAUUGCACUAACGGGAUAGUACAAUUGUUUGGAGAUGAGUAUCUAAGAAGACCAACACCGGAAGAUCUUCAACGAUUACUCGACAUUGGCGAGAAGCGCGGGUUUCCCGGGAUGAUAGGCAGCAUUGAUUGUAUCCAUUGGCAGUGGAAAAACUGCCCAACGGCUUGGAGAGGCUAG